UAAAAUUUAUCAAUAACUGAAGCAUCAAAAGUUUUCCUAUUUAAUUAUUUAUUUUAAGCCAACUACUACCCGCUUUUAUAAAUAUACAUACAUGUACAUGUGUUUGCAUAUCAAGAAACUCAUUCAUAUGGAGUCCACACUUCAAGAAAAUAAUCCUCGUUUCCAAGCCACUGAAAUGUCAACCGAUCAACAACCAUCAACAAAUUUCAUAGGAAAAUUGAAGGCAAAUUUGAUUUUCAGAUCAAAAUGGGCUGAACUAAAUGGUGCAAUGGGUGAUUUAGGCACAUAUAUACCUAUAGUCUUGGCUUUAACACUGGCCAGUGACUUAAAUCUUGGUACAACAUUAAUAUUCACUGGUGUAUACAAUUUUGUUACUGGUGCUAUAUAUGGUAUACCAAUGCCUGUCCAGCCUAUGAAAUCUAUUGCAGCUGUAGCUAUUAGUAAUCCUGAAUUCGGCGUACCGGAAAUAAUGGCUGCUGGAAUUUGCACUGCUGGAAUAUUAUUCCUGUUAGGUGUUACAGGGUUAAUGCAACUUGUUUAUAGGUUAAUUCCACUUUCUGUUGUUAGGGGAAUUCAAUUAGCACAAGGUUUAUCAUUUGCAAUGACUGCAGUUAAGUACAUAAAAAAUGUACAAGAUUUCGCGAAAUCGAAAUCUAAAGGGGAGAGGGAUUGGUUGGGGUUGGAUGGAUUGUUGUUGGCUUUAAUUUGUGCUAUUUUUAUUGUAAUUGUGAAUGGGGCUGGUGAAGCUCAAAUUGAGAAUCAAGAAAGUACAGAGACAAGUAAUAUAAGGAGAAGGGUAAAGAAAGUAAUAUUUUCUCUUCCUUCAGCUUGUCUUAUAUUUUUGUUAGGUGUUAUUUUGGCUAUUAUAAGAGGGCCUCAAGCUGUGAAAGGAUUCAAAUUUGGUCCAUCAAGAAUUGAAGUUGUGAAUAUUUCCAAACAGGCCUGGAAGCAAGGGUUUAUCAAGGGUACAAUCCCUCAACUCCCUUUAUCUAUACUAAACUCUGUGAUUGCAGUGUGUAAACUGUCAACAGAUUUAUUUCCGGAAAAAGGGGAAAUCACGGCUACCUCGGUAUCCAUGACGGUCGGGUUGAUGAACCUAAUAGGGUGUUGGUUUGGUGCAAUGCCAUGUUGCCAUGGUGCUGGAGGGCUAGCAGGGCAAUACAAGUUUGGUGGCAGGAGUGGUGGGUGUGUGGCACUUCUUGGUGUGGCUAAGUUGGUUUUGGGCUUGGUUUUAGGGAGCUCUAUGGUUAAAGUUUUGACACAAUUUCCUGUUGGGGUUUUAGGGGUACUUUUGUUGUUUGCUGGGAUUGAAUUAGCUAUGUGUUCAAGAGAUAUGAACACUAAGGAAGAGUCAUUUGUGGUGCUUGUUUGCACUGCAGUUUCACUUGUUGGGUCUAGUGCUGCAUUGGGCUUUUUGUGUGGGAUUGUUGUUCAUUUGGUUCUUAAGAUGAGGAAUAUGGGUAGUGAUGGUCAGUCUUGUUCUGGUUCACUUUGGUUUCAUAGAAACCCAUAAGCAACUUGCAUUUUUGUGUUAGCCAUCCUCUUGUAACUAAAUAAAGAUGUUGUACAGCUCAUUUUGUUUUGUAAUAGUGGUGUUCGGGCCAACUUACACGCAUUUUGACUAUUUUAUCGA